AGAUAUGAUGUGAUAGGUAUGGAAAGGGGAGGGAGGGAGUGAGUAGGGGCAGGCCGGGGAGAUCGAAAUGGCGUUAGGUGAUGAUGAUAUGAAGAUGAAAGAAGCAGUUCCGCCGAUGAUGGUGGUAUCCGCUCUUAUUGCACUCAUGGCCAUCACCGCCGCCGCGGGUUUCACCGGAAUAAUGGAGAAGAAGGAGGGGGCGGCUAUCCAAGCAUUUCUCGUCGCGGAUACAAUCGCCUUCGCGUGUUCCCUUUCUGCAACCGUCGCUUGCAUCGCCGCCUCCGGCGCACUCUGGUUCGUAGUCUCAAGUCGCACCAUGAAUAAGGUUUGCUACAUCGCCGGAUAUUUGCUCGUCGCCGCUCUGGUUGCCGCCGUAAUCGCCUUCGUCACGGCUGUCUACUCUGCUGUUUCCGCCCGUGCAACUGCUGUCUCCGUCGUCGUUCUUGGCCUCUCCAUUUACUUCCCGCUUACCUUCUUCAUCAUCAUUUGCAUCAUACGCAGGUUUUAGAUCUUUUCCAUUUUCGGAGCACUUUUCACCUACUCAAAUGGACUCUCCAUCUUCUAAGCCAUAAUUUAAUCUUUUGUU